CGCGCGCUUUGCGACACAAUACAACACAACCUCCAAAAUAAUCGGGUCUCGUCCAUUUCUAAGGUAUUUAUGCUAUCGCAAACACGACCCUAUCUCAGUUCUGCCCAUGCCCGAUACCCGACAUACCUAUACCUAUUCUGAGGUGGGCCCGCUAACCCACGUGAUCACCUGCAACUUCCUGAGCCCUAGUUCUUCCUUCCUGAAUCGCGACUCGACUUCUCGUCUCAGCCUCACACGCGUCAAGGACCUCCGCUGAAGCGGCGUCCUGGUGGUCAUGGAUCAACACGAGACGGUCAUUUGCUAUUGUCCACGAUGUCACCAGGAGUUGGCAAGAUUCCGAAAUUCAUGGAAAGCCAUUGGAAAGACGUACUUUACGCCCAAUUAUCCAAUGCUUGAUCACACCCAUGGUUUCUUAAGGUAUGGUGAGCCAACUCAGGCCGCGGCUAAUUCUCCAGUUGCCAAUUGGUAAGUAGCCAUUUUCAACUCAUUCUUUUACUUGCUAACAAAUUAAAUUAGCUUUACGCAAGAUGUGAUUUGCAAGAAAUGUCAAGGUGCAUCGAUAGGCCUGCAAUGUGUCAGCGCCCCAGCAAAUCAUAUUUUCAAAAAGUACGUUCGUUAUAAAGCUCCUAUCAGUUGAUCUAUUAAUCUCGAAUACAGAGACCAAUUCCUUUUGCGUCUGAAAAACAUAGCGUUAAUUUCCGAAUCUACGGGUUUACCAGUCGAGCCCUGCGCUGAACAAAGCGUGAUGCUUAAUCCAGAAGGGAGGAGGAACUCAUCUUCCGGUGCCCGAGGAUCCAUAGCAACACCAAGGGAUCGCAGAAGAUCAAUGCACUUGCCUUCAGAACGACUUGAUGAUUCAUCUCGGGCUCGAAGCAUCGUUGCUGCUGCCCCCUCAAAUCCAGACCCCGAUAUCUCCGGGUUUAUGAGAUGGGCUCAAAACUCAAUAGAGUCCCAGAGAAAGGAUAUCGCUCGUAUCUCAAGUGCCGUAAACAACAUCGAAGGUGAGAUGACCAUGUUUAGAUCAUUCAUGGCAGAAGUUCGUAAUGAACAGAAAGAGAGCCAAAAGUUCCAGGCCAACUACGAGCAAGAUAAAAGAGCCGUUGGAAAAGUCGGUGUUGACCUGAGGACACUGGGAUAUAGAGUCGAUGCCCUUGGGAAGAAGGAAGAAGCUCGUGGAAUAAGUGGUCAAUCUCUAAGCCGAGAUAUUGAGAUCAUUGUGUCAGAUAUGCGAAGGCUUUAUGAGGAUGUCUCGCAAGUGGGAGACCUUAAACGUGCAUUAGCCGAGAUGGCAAGGCAAAUUGUGGUUUUGGAGCGAAAGACCGAUCAACCUGCCACAGAACAAACGACGACCCAGACCUACAGAGAGAACGAACCAUUGGAUCAUCUGCAGCGGAACAAAGUUGUUGAAGAGUUGAAGAGGCAGAUACAGGGAAUUCAUAAUCGAGUGAGCAUUGUAGAGCACGGAGUUCACACUUUUGAAAGACUUGUGCCACUUCAACAGGAAAGGCCAACCGAACAGGAAAGAGCUCAACAUGAAAGGCAAGCCCAGCAGGAACGCCAAGCUCAGCAGGAACGACUAGCUCAAGCCAAUGAGAGUACAGUCUCAACUCCGAAAAGGACAAUUCAUAAUCAGGAAGGUGUAUUCCAAGCUCUCCAAGCUCUGGAAGCUGCAGCUCGAACUGGAAAAUUGCCGGUACAGCGAAGUGUUCCUCGUGUGGAAAUUCCACCUAUGAAAUCCAAAGACCCACAACAGCAGACAUCUCGCGUUGAGACACGGAAUUCAACGUCUGAAUCGACAACCCAGCACAAUCACAUAGCAGGAAAGCAAUCCGAGCAAUCCGAUAACUCGCUGAAGCGUAAACAAGCUCAUGUGGAUGCAAACUCGAGCAUAGAUCAGAGUGUCGACGAUGACCAACCAGUCCUUCCAAGGAAAAGAGGACGACCACGACGUAAUCCGGAGACCACUGAAAAAUCAACACCAGCACGGCAAGAACGUCACCAAAAACCCACUUCUCCAACCCCAGACAGGCUUUUGUCACCCACCCCUGAUCCCGAAAUCAUUGAGAUAUCCUCAUCCCCUCCUGCUGCCCCGGCCCAGGAACAAUUAUUGACUUCCGCUCAACAUGCACAGGGGCUUGAUAGGGAUCUCGUUCACAAUCCGGCAUCUGAUAGCUCGGGAGGUCUCCAACAAGGUCAGACCGAUACUGCAAACAAUGCGAAUCAUACUAAUUCCACAGAGAAGGUUCCCUUACGAGAGGACCCUUCAAUAAAUCACAACCAUACUCCCACAAGUACAACUACUAUCAGAAAUGGUAAACAAUCAAGGAGAAUGCCAUUACGUCGACCGGGUACCUCAAGCCAUUUGGAUGGAUCGGCACAAAACCAAGGCACGGCUAAAUUCCUUGAAUUGGGUAAGAUUAGAGCUGCAAAUGGGCUUCUCCUUACUAGUAGUGGAAAAAUCGAUGGCCGCUCCCUUCGGUACAAGGUUAUCUCAGAUGGUGACGGAUCUUCUCAACUUCAAGGUGAUAUAAGCAUGAAACAAAGACGAACCUCAAUGCCUGCGAAUGCAAAGUUGCCCUCAAUGGAGUUGAGAGAGAAUGUCCCAGAAAGUAGGACAUUUUCUCCAGCUCUCGUCCCUAAUGGCCAGACUGCGAAAACGCACAAGUACCAAUGUCCUGUUUGUUCUACAACUUAUGAUUAUGCAGGGGGCUUAUCAUAUGUAAGUGCAUUUCUCUUUCCUGAGAGAGAUAUUACCCUGUUCAAUCCCUCUGAUAAUUGUUUCUAGCAUAAACGGAAUUCGGCAUGUUAUGUGGAUGGCGUUGAGAAUCCAGACGGGGCGCGAGAAGAAAUGCUGGCGGCUCGAGAAAAGUUCGUCAAAGAUACUUUAGAGAGAGAAAUGGCUAGGCAAAGAGAGGAUUACUAAGACGUACGGAAGCGUUUCUCAUUUUGCGCGCGCAGAACCUGCUGGACAGUAUCGGAAUCGUGCAUUGCAUGGUAGUACGGACAAUGCAUAUUUUACGCCAAAGUAUUCCGGGGGAUGAUUUGGAAGUUCUUCAAGCAAAUGUCGGUGGUUUUAGAAGAUAUCUGCUGAACGCCAGGUUGUGUAGUUAUCGUUUUGACUGAUCUCGAGCUAAUCUAGAACACCACUUUGUGGGUAUGCUCGUUUCCGGUGGGCAAGAAAAGUAACAGAGAUUAUUUUCUACAAAGUUUCGUGGUUAAUCGUUUUAGUGAGUCCAAUGACUAAAAUGAUUUUAAUGCUUCGAACUAUAACAGAAAAGGACUCUGUCAAUUUUCUAGCCCACCGGUUUACUCAACAAUCACGAAAAAGAUUUCCCACCAAGAGAUUUGGCGCACUAAUUAUACUUUGUCUCAUGUGAGAAUCCGAGCGAUGCGAGGUUGGCUGGGAAAUGGUGGCAACCCGCCUCUUGGCCGGAUCCAACCAAUCACCUACACCCUUCCAUUCGUAGUUUCCUUCUUUUUCAUACGGCAUCCCAUUCGGACAGUUGGACCAAUAACCAUUCAUUCACACAUCGCAAAGCCUGAAAGCUAUCACUGCUACGGAGACUUGCGAUUUGCACUUCGCUAUAUAUUGCGUGUUGGUUUGACGGUAAGAAGAGAGUUUCGUGGUACGGAUAUUGGUCUAACGGGUCUAACUGUACGAAUAGCAUCCCGUACUUGAGCCUCCCUUGCGCCAACGCUAAUGCUAAUACACCCGUUGACAAUGCGUUGAUCGGACCAGCCUUCCAUACGUUAUAACACCCA